AUGGGUGCGUCCGAUGGACGAUCGCCUGGUCGCCAUAACGACAACCAACCGUCCUCCGUUAAGAAAGAGAGUAAAGGGGAAAAAAUGGCUUUAUGUGCCGUUGGUGGCGCUACUUUAGCUUAUGUACUUUAUAAAUGGUAUCAGCGGCCAACAACAAGUCAUGAAGAAGAAUUGAAAGAAACUGAGGAAAUUGAGGAAGCUACCGCGGAGUUUGAUGAAUACCGCAAAGGGAAUUCCAACAAAGUUUUAGCGCUAGGUUUACCGGCUAGUGGUAAGAGUAGCAUGGUUGCUAGAUUCAUUUAUGAUGAAGCAAAAACCGAAUAUGAACCAACCAAUGGUUUCAACAUUAAAAAUAUGUCCAUGGAUGGUAAAACUGUCGAAAUUUGGGAAAUCGGUGGGAGUAUGUCAAAAUACUGGUAUACAUAUUUACCUGGCACUGGUGUUCUGGUAUUUGUAAUUGAUGCUUCAGAUUCAUCAAACUUUCCAGCUGUUCGCCUAGAAUUACAAAAAUUAUUUGACAACGAUGGCUUAAAAUUAGAAAAAACGAAAUUUGUUCUGUUACUAAAUAAACAAGAUCUAACGGGAGGCAGCUUGGACAAGGACACUAUCAAUAGUAUCUUGCCUAAUGAAUCUUGCAUGAAAGAUCAUGUUGUCAAGAUAGUACAAACAUCACUAUUGCAAGCCACUGUGGAUGAAUUCAACACCAUUAAGAAUACAGUAUUAGAAUUACUAUACCAGUGA